UGUGGCGAGGCGGGCGGGCAGGCACCGCCGCUCCGCUCCGCUCCGCUCGGCUCCCAGCCCCGCCGCCAUGCCGCCGCCCGGACCCCGCCACCCCGCCGCGCUUCUCGUUGUGCUGCUGCUCCGCCGGGCGCUGGCCGCCGCAGGGCUGGAGUACAGCGAAGUGCUGCCAGACUCCUUCCCCUCGCCCCCAGCGGAGACCCUGCCUUACUUUCUGCUGGAGCCGCAGGAUGCCUACAUCGUGAAGAACAAGCCAGUGGAGCUUGUCUGCCGUGCCAACCCCGCCACCCAGAUCUACUUCAAGUGCAAUGGAGAGUGGGUCAACCAGAACGACCACGUCACCAAGGAGAGCCUGGAUGAGGCCACCGGGAUGCUGGUGCGGGAGGUACAGAUUGAGGUCUCCCGGCAGCAGGUAGAGGAGCUCUUUGGCUUAGAAGAUUACUGGUGCCAGUGUGUGGCCUGGAGCUCAGCGGGCACGACGAAGAGCCGCAGGGCAUACGUCCGCAUAGCAUACCUACGGAAGAACUUUGACCAGGAGCCCCUGGGCAAGGAGGUCCCGCUGGAGCAUGAGGUCCUGCUGCAGUGCCGCCCACCCGAGGGGGUGCCACAGGCAGAGGUGGAGUGGCUGAGGAAUGAAGAUGUCAUCGAUCCCACCCAGGACACCAACUUCCUGAUCACCAUUGAUCACAACCUCAUCAUCAAACAGGCUCGGCUCUUGGACACUGCUAAUUACACCUGCAUGGCCAAGAACAUUGUAGCCAAACGCCGUAGCACCACAGCUGCUGUCAUCGUCUAUGUGAAUGGUGGCUGGUCCACCUGGUCCGAGUGGUCUCCUUGCAACAACCGCUGUGGCCGGGGCUGGCAGAAGCGCACCCGGACGUGCACCAACCCUGCACCCCUGAACGGUGGCUCCUUCUGUGAUGGGCAGCCUUUCCAGAAAAUCACCUGCACCACCCUCUGCCCAGUGGAUGGUGCGUGGACGGAGUGGAGCAAGUGGUCAGCGUGCAGCACCGAAUGCACCCACUGGCGCAGCCGCGAGUGUGCUGCCCCGGCUCCCCGCAAUGGUGGCAAGGACUGCAGCGGUGUGCUGCUUGACUCCAAAAACUGCACUGAUGGGCUCUGCCUACAGAAUAAGAGAGUUCUAAGCGAACCCAAAAGCCACCUGCUGGAGGCCACAGGCGAUGUGGCCCUGUAUGCUGGGCUGGUGGUGGCCAUUUUUGUCUUCAUCGUGAUCCUCAUGGCUGUGGGGGUGGUGGUGUACCGAAGGAGAUGCCGGGAUUUUGACACAGACAUCACAGACUCAUCAGCUGCUCUGACCGGAGGCUUCCACCCUGUCAACUUCAAGACCUCCCGUCAUGACAAUCCCCAGCUGCUGCACCCCUCAAUGCAGCCAGACCUGACAGCCAGUGCCGGGGUGUACCGUGGCCCCAUGUACGCCCUGCAGGACUCCUCAGACAAGAUCCCCAUGACCAACUCCCCCCUGCUGGACCCUCUCCCCAACCUUAAGAUCAAGGUGUACAACUCCUCCACCGCCACCUCCUCGCCAGGGCUCCAUGAGGGGACAGACCUGCUCGGAGGGCUCCCCACCACCGGCACCUACCCAGGGGACAGCACCAGGGACAGCCACUUUGUGAACAUGCGGAACAAAGCCCUGGGCUCCCAGCAUCUCCUCAGCUUGCCUCGGGAGCAUGGCAACAGCGCCAGUGGCACAUUUGGCUACCUGGGGGGAAGGCUCACCAUUCCGGGCACUGGGGUGAGCCUGUUGGUGCCCCAUGGUGCCAUCCCCCAGGGGAAGUUCUACGAGAUGUACCUGGUCCUCAACAAGGCAGAGAGUGCCCUCCUGCCCUCUGAAGGCACUCAGACAGUACUGAGUCCAGCAGUGACCUGCGGACCCACUGGCUUGCUCCUGUGUCGCCCCGUUGUCCUGACCAUUCCCCACUGUGCCGAUGUUGGCUCCUCAGAUUGGAUUUACCAGCUGAAAACGCAGUCCAACCAGGGAAACUGGGAGGAAGUUGUGACCUUGGAUGAAGAGACCCUCAAUACUCCCUGCUACUGCCAGCUGGAAGCCAAGUCUUGCCACAUUUUGCUAGACCAGCUUGGCACCUAUGUUUUCGUUGGAGAGUCCUACUCCAGGUCAGCCAUCAAGAGGCUCCAGCUGGCGAUCUUUGCCCCCACCGUUUGCACCUCCCUGGAGUACAACCUCAAGGUCUACUGCUUAGAGGACACGCCAGAUGCUCUGAAGGAGGUGCUGGAGCUGGAGCGCACACUGGGUGGGUACCUGCUGGAGGAGCCCAAGCUCCUGCCCUUCAAGGACAGCUACCACAACUUGCGUCUCUCCAUCCAUGACAUCCCACAUGCACUAUGGAGGAGCAAGCUGCUGGCCAAGUACCAGGAAAUCCCUUUCUAUCACAUCUGGAGUGGCAGCCAGCGAGCUCUGCACUGCACCUUCACCCUGGAGAGGUACAGCCAGGCCUCCACUGAGCUCACCUGCAAGAUCUGUGUCCGGCAGGUGGAAGGGGAAGGGCAGAUCUUCCAGCUCCACAUCAUGCUGGGAGAGCAUGGCAGCUCCUUCGACACCCUCCGUUCCCACCACAGUGGUACCAACACCAACACCACCCAGCUGGGACCCUAUGCCUUCAAGAUCCCCCUCUCCAUCCGGCAGAAGAUCUGCAACAGCCUGGAUGCUCCCAACUCCAGAGGAAAUGACUGGAGACUUCUAGCCCAGAAGCUCUCCAUGGACCGGUAUCUGAACUACUUUGCCACCAAAGCCAGCCCCACCGGGGUGCUCCUGGACUUAUGGGAAGCCAAGCACCAAGAUGAUGGUGAUCUCAACACCCUGGCCAGUGCCUUAGAAGAGAUGGGCAAGAGUGAGAUGCUGGUGGUCAUGGCCACAGAGGGAGACUGCUGAUGAUGCUCCCCAUGGCUGGCGGACCGGGAGGAAGAAACAGAGGGUGAAGGGGGGACCCUUCUCUGACAGUGGGGGGAGGCACAUCCAUCCCCAGGCAGCAGCUGAGUGAGGAAGGGCUGAGGCAGUAGCUUCUCCCUCCCACCCCGCAUCACUGUCAGCCUUAGAGACCUAUCCUCAGCAUUUACAAGGAAUUCAAGUGUUACGCAGCAUUCCUCUUCCUCCUCUUCCUCCUUCUCCUCAUGGCAUGGGGAGGAAUUAGGGCUUCUCGAGUUGGGAUGGGGGCUUUCCUUCUCCUUCUUUUUUGGGUUCCCCUGCUCCUCCUUUAAUAGCAUUUCUGCAUUGAAGAGAUGAGUACAAUCUAGUCGAAUGGCUUGCUUCUGGCAAAAGCUUCAGACAGCUUAACAGGCAAACAAGAAAGAAAAAAAGGAAAAAAAAAAGUUUCUUAGGAAACGCAAAUAAUUUAUUAUCCAGAUCUUUGGAUGAGUCCUUUUUUAAAAAAAAAAUUAAAAAAAAAGACAGAUUUAUAAAUCUUUUUUGUGUGUGUGUGAGAGCAAGAGUGUUGCCAUGGUUGGGGUGGCAUAGAGAUUUAAAUGAACACACUUUUGUAGGGAAAAUCAUGGAGCAACACAUGUUUACAUGUCCUGGGACCCCCGGGGAGUCCGUAGGGUAAAGUGCCUCUACGCCCCUCUGGUUCCGGGCCAGCUGAGACCCUCCCCAAGACUUUUUCCUUGCAAACUCCCCUUUCCUCAGCAGGAGUGCCUGGAGCAAAGGGUCAUCUCUGCCUGCAAGGAUGAGUGAGGGGUUCUGCCCUGCAUUUAGGGUUCAGGGGGGAAGUGCAUCUGGAUAUGGGUGUUUUUAAUGAAUUCUUCCCUGGCAUUGUUUGGGGGAGCUUUUUAGGAUGACUACACCUUCAUUUACAUAACUUCAGUACAAACCAAAGAUUUCAGUCCUGCACCAACCCACAGGCCAAAGGCCAAACGUUUUAAACCCACCAGGGUUUUUGUAGUGAGCACCCCAAAUCUGGGCUUGGCGGUCAGAAGGAGGUGAUGAGCAGGUUGUGCCAGGGGUCCAGGGAGAGCAGAGGGUUGGCAGGCCAGGAUGCAGCCCCGUGCAAACUGUGUUGGCUUUAGGUCUGUGUGCUCGAGCCUGUUUUUUGCUGCAGUAUUUCAGCAGGGAUUUGGGGAGGGAGACCUUGGUAUCUCCAUGUUGCAAGCCAGGCUGAGCAUUUUCAUUUGAGGGACAGCAUCGUAAGCAGUGAUAGGGUUUCCAUCCUCUCAUUGCAGCUCCUUUUUUUUUCCCCCUGUAAUAGACCUUUUAUAAUGGAGAAGUCGUGAGAUGAAUAGAAAGUCAUCAAGGGGUAGGUAGGAACAAGGUUCCUUGCAAAGAUACGGUGUUUCAAUGAAGGUAAAAAUUUAGAUUGCUUGCAGAUAGAAAUAGUUACUCAGCGAGUGCUAUAUCUUAGAAAUGUCUGUUCAAAAAUAAAUUAAUAAAAGGAUUAGACUAGAUCACACGGCAAGGCGGUGGAGUCUCCAUCAGUGGAAGUAUUAAGAGCAGGGUCUGAGAGCAGGUCCUGCUUUGGGCUGUGAUGAGCAGUAUCCUGGCUGCAAAGCCCUGGUAUGGUGUUACAGGGUGCCUGCAGCAUCCUGCAGCACACUGGGGACCGGAGCAAACUCAGGACUUAGGGAGCCAUGCCAUGACUGAGAGCAUCACCUUUGAAAGGUGGCUUGGGAGGAGUUUUCAGUAUUGCUUGGGCACAGGGAUGAUUCCUCUCGGAAGCUCCUGAAGCAGUGAUCAGAUGUGUAGAGUUGUGCCCUGUUGUACUUUGGGGUCUCUGGGAUUCCUUUCUUUCUGGGUUUUCAAGGUUGUGAGAGAGAGGGGAUCUCUUUCCUCUGUGCUAGAUGGAAAGACUUCUGCUGGGUGAGCUCAUGUUUCAAAUGGGAAGGGUUUUGUCCACCCUUUAGGUUGCAUUUGAUCAUCUGAUUUCUGACACCCCAUCUCUGAGCUGAGGCGGAGUAAGCAAAUUUGGAAAGUGAAGAACUGAUGGAUUAAACCAGCUUCUGGCAUUUUAUAAGGCUCCUUUCUCAGUGCUGGGGUGCUCUCUGUGAGAUGAGAUGCUCUUCUUUCGGGUUGUCUGAAUCUCUCUCGCUUUCAUUCCCACUGUCUCUGGUUCAUGGAUCACUGUGCUGGCAUGUGCACCCAUCCGUCCAUUCAUCCGUCCCACCCGUGAGUGCCUCUGCCUCCAUCCCCAUCUGUCUGUGUUCAUCUUCCCCUUCUUCUGGCAGGCAGCAGCCUCCUGGAUUCACCGACACGUGUGUUUGGGGAGAUUCUCCCCAUUUUUCAGACCAGGGAACCUGCACUAGAAGCAGAACAGGGGGAGGCAGGGUUUGCUCCUCACCCUCAUCCUCUGAGUGCCUGCUGCCCAUUUCCCAUGGGAGCCAGCUCCCAGGAGCCCUCCAUGCCUCCCUCUGUGACUUGGGGUUUGUCUGCCCAGGCAUUUUGGCAAAGGCAAUCCCAUGGUCCGUGUCAUGCUGGCAGUGUCCGUCUCUUGCUCUGCAAUCUGUUUCCAUAUUUAUAUGUCCGGGGGAUGGGCCUAGUGGCAUCCUCUAAAACUGCAUCUGUUUAUUCUGUAAACUAAAGAACUGUAAAUAAAGUUUAGCAUUCCUAUUGUAACAAAUUAAUUUUUAUGCAAUAAAUUAUAUUUCCUAGUCUAAUAAAAAAAAACCAAAAACCACAAAA